GGCUCAAGCGCCGCCCAGUGGUCACGGAGAUCAACAACACAGCGAGAUUUGUUGUGUUGUAUCUGUGGUGUUUCCUGUAUAUGAGCGCUUGUACUUCCUGAAUUGCGCACUGCGAGUCAGCUGACAGACUCUUAGAGGUUGAGGGAUUGUGCGGUUGAACUGGAAUAAUCACACACAUAAAAAAUAAAAACUACCACCAGAGAAGGAUCUGAACAUCUGCCGAAAAUCCGCUUGCACAAUGAGUGCUGGCACCCCUAAAUCGCUACCGUCUUCGGGGCAGAAAUCCAUUCAUGAUAUCAGCCAUCCUCUCUCAUCGGAGGAUACAAUUCUCACACCCAGUCCGGAUCUACCGAACACCAGUAGCAUCGGAGAAAAGGAUUUGAGUUUACCCAACGGCACCCCAGUAGAUACAUCCAGCCCAGCAUCAUCGUCCUCUUUACUUAACAGACUACAGCUUGACGACGACCUGGAUGGAGAGACCAGGGACCUCUUUGUCGCUGUUGACGAUCCAAAAAAGCAUGUCUCUACCAUGGAGACGUAUAUUACCUACAGAGUCACCACUAAGACCACCAGGACAGAGUUUGACUUGCCAGAGUACUCGGUGCGCCGAAGGUAUCAAGACUUCGACUGGCUCAGAAACAAACUGGAAGAGAGUCAGCCAACACAUCUUAUUCCUCCUCUCCCUGAGAAGUUUGUGAUGAAAGGGGUUGUGGACCGGUUUUCAGAAGAGUUUGUGGAAACAAGACGGAGGGCCCUUGACAAAUUUCUGAGGAGGAUAGCAGAUCAUCCUGUCCUAUCCUUUAAUGAACACUUCAAUGUGUUUCUGUCAGCAAAGGAUCUCAAUUCGUACAAGAAGCAGGGCAUGGCCUUGUUGACCAAAAUGGGCGAGUCGGUGAAGUACGUCACGGGGGGCUACAAGCUGAGAGGGAGACCCCUGGAGUUUGCCGCGAUGGGGGAUUACCUGGACAUGUUCACACAGAAGCUGGGCACCAUUGACAGAAUAGCUCAGAGGAUCAUCAAAGAGCAAUCAGAAUACCUGGUGGAGCUGCGAGAGUACGGCCCAGUGUAUUCCACGUGGGCCGCCGCAGAGACGGAGCUGCAGGAGCCCCUGGAGGGGGUGUCGGGCUGCGUGGCCAACUGCUGCACCGCCCUGGAGGAGCUCACCGAGGACAUGAGCGAGGACUUCCUGCCCGUGUUGCGCGAGUACGUCCUCUAUGUCGAGUCCAUGAAGAACGUUCUGAAGAAAAGGGAUCAAGUUCAGGCAGAAUAUGAGGCCAAGCUAGAGGCUGUUGCAUUCCGAAAAGAAGAGCGAACAGGGGUUCCUACAGACGUUGAGAAAUGCCAGGACCGAGUGGAGUGCUUCAAUGCCGACCUGAAGGCGGACUGGGACCGUUGGCAGAACAACAAAAGGCAGGAUUUCAGGCAACUGCUCACAGGGAUGGCUGACAAAAACAUCCAGUGUUACGAAAAGUGCCUUGCAGCCUGGGAGUCCAUCGUUCCUUUGCUACAGGAUAAACAAGAUGCCAAAGGAGAGACGAACUGACUGUGCCCCCCUCCCCCCACACACCCCCCCCCGGUGCUGCUGUCCCUGUCUCUUGGCCCAGCCUCUGAGCCCACAGAACUGACUAGUUUCUUUCUGGUCACGUGUUCUUGUGGAAGAUCCAUGAGUGAAGAUAGGGGAACUUUACAGAGACUUAUUCCAAGACUUUUUUUUUCUCUCUGAAAAGAAAGUGUUUAUAUUUCUUAAACCCAACCUCCCCACCAUCCUACCAUGUGGUCGUGUGACGUGGAUUUACUCUUCUUACUCUUAUUUGUAAUAAAGGAACUUUUUCCCUGUCCUUCAGCUCACUCACAGGGUUCAUUCACUAACCCAGCCAUCCACUGACGGGUAAUUCUGAGUGAGUAGAUGUUUUGGAUCCAGUCAUUCAAAGGAUUGUAAAGGAAAAUGAAACUAUAACAACAACAAAAAAAGUUCUCGAUAUUCAAUAACACUAUUGUGCUACUGGACUGAUCAUUUUUAAAAGCAAAUAGUUGAGAGGCCAGAAAUUGUUUUACUCAAAUCUGCAGGGCCUUUAAUUGCAAAAGAUUACUAUUUUUCAAGUGCAACUUCACAUUUUAGUCUAGUGUUCUGUGUCAGCCUAAGAAAUGUGCCAUCUCUUCUGGCCAAAGACACUGAGAACUUAGUCUCCUGAUUAUGUUGAAGAAAUAAGGCCUUUGUUUGAAUACUCAGAGUUCUCAUUAAAAAUCCUUAACAAUAGUGCCAGCAAAAACAUACUGGACAUUGGUCUGCUGGGCUUGCCUGGAGCAGUGAAGAACUGAAAAAGUUAUUUUGUUUCUUGAAGCAUAGGUUUCUUUUUGCGUUGUCAUUAUGCUGAGAGAUUAAAGAGUGUGCCACUUCUUUGAUUACAAAAUGAGAAACCUUCUUCUUAAGAUAUGUGAGACACAUUGCAGAGUUCGGUGCAUUUUUAAGAAUUUCUGUGAUUAAGAUAUGAGUGCCUUUUGUAAUCAUCUCCAAUGAUGGCUUGGAGUCCGCUCCUAGUCUAAAUGAAGAAUUCAUUUAAGGUUAAAUACAAUAAGUACAAACUACUUAUGAGAGCAUAAGGUUAAAAUCUGACUUCCGUCAUCUUAAAUCUCUUGUUUGAACAUUUUCCUUGAUAUUUUUUGCAAAAUUCUCCAACAAAAUUCUCUGUUAUAACAGCAAACAAAAGGCUUUAGUUUUUAUAAAAGACCAAGAAAUUCCAAAGUGAAACUUACAAUCUAUGGUGUAAACUAGUUUAGGCUAUUUAAUAAUUAAAUGAUUGUGUUUAAGUUUAUUCUGCUUCGGGGGCAAGAUACUCAGAGCAGCAGAUAAAAUGUGCACAAUAUUUGCAGGUAAAAAACAAGAGUUCAUGUAUUUCCUGAAUUUUGAAGGACUUGUUUUUCUUGCUUUGCUUUAGGGGUAAAAUGCUUUAUUCAUUUCCUGUACUUGUUCUAAAAGUGAACUCUCCUUCAAGGUAUAAGUUAUAUUUAGCGAUCCAAUAUAAAGGAAAGGCUCUUUGACUGAUCAUACCUCCUUUAAGUCCCAUUAUCAAGUUAAUUAUAGUACAGAAUCUUACUGUCAAAAGGAAUGAUAUUGUAUAAUUUCAUAGAACAACUAGUUAAAUUAAAGUUAACUAGUUAAAUUAAAGUUUUCAGGCACAAAUUACCCACAGGCACCUGAAGAUCUGAAGACCGAAACCGCAAAGUUUGCCAUGGUUUUACACAAGGACUUGUGAAUUUCAAACCGCAAGUUCUCGAAAGUGAAAGGUGCCCAUAUUGGGGAAGAUGGGAAGUAGGAACCUCUUAAGCAUGUAUCUUUCAUUAUCCUUUUUAUUUUUCGUACGUUUGUUUAGCAGUGACUUAAAAAUGUUAUUUCCUUUCUUGGUGGCCCUGUAUUUUAUAUGUGUAUUCCAGUCUGUUCUUCUAUAGUCAAGAGUCAAGAGGUGUUCCUUUCAUAAGUGUUUUUUUGCAAGAAAACACUGGAAAGGGAGAGUUAGAGAAACACUAGUUUGCUCUGUUUUUCUCUUGGUGAAAUAGAAUGUUAUAUAUAUGCCAAUGCAAUGUGAUUUGCAGAACCAAAAAGGGAUCUUCUAGUCUUUAUAAGAAUUUUGAUUUUGUCCAGACUUUUGCAUUAAUCUAUUUUGCAGCACUGUGGUAAAGCACUUUGUACCCAGCUUUCCAUAAGAUGUGUGAACUAAUUUGAUGCUUUAGAAAAACAUUGAGAAACCAUUACAGUACUUCUGUUGUCUCUUAGGCUGCAGUGAAGGUACAGGUUAGUGUAGUUUGCAUGGCACGACAUAAAAUGAAGUGUGUGAUGACUUUGGCUUUCUUUAAUAUAAUCUAAUAAAACCAGCGUAAAUGCCCUAAAAUGUUUUUUAUUAGAAACCAUUAAGUCUCAGUUCAUUUAGAAACAAAAUAUGAAAUACCAUUAGUUACAUGAUGUAUAGGUCUGAUUACUCAUUGAUAUCCUCCGUAAGAACAUUUUGCAAUAGAGAAAACUAUUUUAAAUGAUUAAUAAUUCAAGUGCUUUCAUCUCAACAUGCGAGCCACAAAGGUGCAGCCCACCACUGAUCUGGGGAUGUCACUGGCCAUGAUCUCCACACUCAAAAUAAAUUUGUAAUACUACUAAUAAUAUUGAUAAUGAGUCUUGGCUACAUUCUGCACUUUUGAGGAACUUUUUUAUUGUAGCUGCUCUGUUUAUAUUACUUCAGUGUAUAGAGUGAAUACUGUAUGUUUGCAUUAAUACUUCUGUCAUUGUUUAUUUUCAUUAUUGAGACUACAUUAUACAUUAGCUUGGGAGUUUUUGCAUUGGAUUAAUGAUUGGGUGUACAACACUAGCAUGUUAGUGGAGGAGUUGACAUCAGUAGAUCCGUGGUGGUGUUGUGACAUUUUAAUUUGGUAGCUGACACUAAUGUACUUGCAAUUUUAUAAAAAUUGUUUUAAACUGAGGUGUGUAGGGUUUUGUUACAGAUUUGAGCUUGAAAAAUUAUAUUCUCUUACUUGAUAAAGGCAGUGGGGAAAAACCUUUUUUUUCUUUUACUGUCAUUCAUAUUUUCCAAUAAUAUAAUUUAUGCAUAAUUUGUAGGCCAUUGGAGGCACAACAGUGUUGGAUCUUGUAUCAGAAUACUAAUUAAGUAGGUGAGAAAAUUAUAUAUCGGCACAUUUUGCAUCUUUUACACUUCAGAAUAACAUUGUCAGUUGUUAGAAAUCGUAUUCAAAUGAUAAUUAGUUCUGUUAAAAAUAGUACCCCCUGUUCUGUACUUUAAAGUGAAAAUCAGAUACAUUAGCUUUUUCCCAGUCCUAAAACCUACUCCAGUUAAAUUGGGGUAGUAUACAGGCACUAGUACAACUGUAAGCUCUAGUUUUUUUAAAUGUGCUUGGUUUUCUUUUUUGAGUCUGUCUUUGAUUACAGUUGUCUUUCCCAGGCUACUUAAACCCUAUUUAAGCACCGGAAAAUCAAAGCUUAAAAUGUGCGGUUUUCGUUGUUGCCCCUGUAUCUUUUUCUGUGGAAUGAUGUGAAGUAUUUCGUAGCAAAUUAAAUUUUGUCCACCAAUAUCCUGAAUGGUUGUAUGCCUGUCUUGGACCUACCUUAUGUAUUGGACUAAUUCAUAACUUUAAAUAGAGAAGAGCCAGAUGGAUGCAUAAUUUGUCUGAGAAGGAUUGUUUUUUCAUUUAAUUGGGACAAAUCAGUGUUACAGAAAUUCACAGUUGAAAUCUGUAUUUUUAAAAGAUGUGUGAGCCUAAAUUCAUUAUCUCUUCCUUUAUAGAAGGUUAUAUUGGAAAGAACAGGUUUUAAAUUUAUUCAUGUAUUGUUUAAUUAGUCAGAUAUAAGGAUUCCAUUUUCCCCUGGUAUAGUGGGUCCUAUUUGGCUUUUUGUAUUUUUAAAUGUUAAGUCUAAGUGUUGGUUAUGUGAAAACAUGUCUAUACUUAAAGUCCAAAUACAAAUUACAGGAAUUUGCUAGUACUAUGUAUAAAAAACUGUACUGAAAUUUUUUCACAAUUAAACAGUUUAAAACUAGAAUUAUAUUUGAAAUAGUGAUGGGAAAAGAAGUACAGUUUAAUCUAUGAUUUUGCUCUUGCUUUUGUCCUCUGUAUAGUUAUACAAAGCAUGACAAUCCAGUAUACUUUUAUGGCUUUAAAAUCUUGAAUGGUACUAUGCCUGCCCUGUGCUUUCUUCAUGUAUGAGAUGGGUUUAGAGCUCUUUUACUAAAUACUUACUUAGCUGGUAUUCUUAAUGUUGGCCUAGGACAAAAAAAAUGGCUUUUGCCUUUUAAUUUCCUGUUCCUGAACUGCAUAUUGCCUUUCCAGUGGGUAGUGGAGGAAAGUUCGCUAUAUUGGCAGUAAAAAACAGUAGUUCUCUCAGGUUGUACAUUCCCACUGUCAGAAAGUGUAUCACCCCUCCUGUACUCCCCUGUCUGUAAAGAGGUGACAUAAAAUAGUGAAUUAAACUCCCUGAAAACGGUUUGGAAUUGUUAACCAUGAACAUUAAGACUCUGCAAACACUUGUUUCAUUGUUCUCGGCACACACUCAUGAUCACAUUAAAAUACUAAGAGAAAUAUUGGCAAAAUAAGGCUCAGAAUAGCCAUCCAGCUUAGAUUGACAUUGUAAAUCACAGUUAUCAAAGAAAAUGCAUUUUCCACGCUAGCUCAUUCUGCUGUGUGAAAAUUGUGCAUUUUUAAUAAUCUCUGAAUACUGCACAACAUUAAAAGAUUUAAGGGCUAGCAAAACCUUUCAUCGCCUGGGGGUUUUAGUGAUUGACCAGAAAAGAAAAAAAGACAGUUGUGUGUCAGGCUGCAUGAUGCUACGUCUUUUCCCAUGUGGGAGCUGUGCUAUUGUUCUCUGAACUCAUAUGACAAGUUGGCAGACAUCUGUUUGUUAUAUUUCCAGUUCCAUCUCUGGCACAUUCCAUACAAAGGGAUGAUUAGGAGGGGGAGUUUAUCUGUGAAUUACUAGGUAGGGAAUUCCUUGAGCACCAAACAGAAUGGCUCAUUGGGCCAGAGCUUGUCAAACAAACAGUGCAUUUAAAUCAUAAAGGUAAUGGCUGGGUAAAAAAAGACUGCUCCUUAUAUUUGAGGAGACUUGUGCUUUGUUAAAAAUCUUACUGUAACUAUGCAGUGUUGUUUACAUAUAUCACACCAUGAAAAUAUUGCCUACUGCCUCAAAGCUACAUUUAUAUUUACAUGUAUUCUAAUUUAUGAUAUCAAACAAUAAAGCAUAAUUAUUUUUAAAAUUCUUGAUCAUAGGCAUUAACUAUAUUUGAGCCUCUCUUAAAUUCUACACUGCCUUCCACUAAAACUUUAACUUGUUCAUUUUUGGUGUUGCAGUGUUGAACUACCUUUGUAAGUUUGCUAGCGUUGAUUUAAUUUGUUAAUGUCAAGGGUCUCGGUCAUAUAAAACAACAAACUCUCUUAACUUUAACUGUGAACAAGUAGAGGAAAAAAGCACUAUGAAAAUUAUCUGCAGUGACAAAGGCCCGAAACACUUAUUACUUCUUUUUGAUAUUUUUAAUUAUUCUCAUUUUUAUACAAAUGUCUUUGAUGAUAGACUGUUCAACAAGAUAGGUUUUGAUGUUUGUUCAAAGAAGACAAAGACACUGCCUGAGGAGGAAUAAAAACAGCACUUGCUGCUUUCAUUGAAGGAAAAAAAACGGUGCAUCUCAUUUGAGAAUUCACUUUGGUUAAAAGGUACAAGAAUGACACUGCAUAACUGUCAAGACUCACCAUCAGGAAAUCGCCUAACUUGCUCUUAAGAGGCCUGUACAAACUGAAAUUAGUUUUACUAUGUAUGAAUGUCCACAGUGAAAUCCAGGCUUCUUAUGUCAAGUAAUUAAGUUCCUCUGGUUUUUGAGCACCCCCUCAUAGAAAAACAAAAAUUUCUAAAAGUGAAGGAAUCCUGUCUUCUGGAUUCUCUGAGAAAUGCAUUGUUUUAUGAAUACCUUAUUUUGCUUCAAGCUCUUUGUUGUCUGUCAAAUGAGGAGCUGUUUUAUAACACUUGUGUAAAAGUUUUUUUACUGUGUACAUUGAAGAGAAAGAUAAGAGAAAGUGAGGUAAAUAAAAUCUCUCCUAAAACCUUUCCACAUGAUUUGGUUUUAUUUUAUUUUUAUGCCUCAUUUUACACUUUGUUGUCAUUAGCAGAAUUAUAAUCCAGUUAAUAAAAACCUCAAGGACAACAAAUAUCUUAAUUUGUUCCAAUUUGUGUUGUUCACCUUCUACAAGUAAUUUUGAUGAAAUAUAAAGGAAGAGCAAGCCUUAAAUGUCUGGUUUAAUUAUUUUUUUAUAAUACAUUGUAAUUUUGUUGCACUUCUCUUUAAGCUUGCAUUGUCAAAAUGCUAUAAACACCCCUGCACUUGGGGAACUAGCAUCCUCCUGCAAAUGGAAACUGGUUUAGUUGCUCAGCCAGAGAGGUUUAAUGUCAGUUUACGUUUUACAGUUACUGAAUGUCACCGUAAGCUGUGAGCUACCAUUUAAACUACCUCAGGUUAAUUGGAAGGCUUUUACUCUGUGCUAACUGAAUGAACUCCAGUGGUAUGUAUACUGUAUAUUACUGAACACCUCUGUCAUUGUCCACUGAAACUAAUGAAUAAAGUUCCCUCUUUUAUUAUAUCUUGGUAAAAGACAUAUUUCGAAAGUAUGGUCAUCAGAAAGAGGUUUCUUUGAUCAAAAUACCUCUUAGGCUGUCGGGGUAAAGCAGAUAACUUUGCAUUGUUGUUUGUCAUUGUGGUCUGACAGAUGGUGAAUGGAAAGCAUUCAAUUAUCUUUGAUUAGUUUCCAGCGUCCAGUAAAGGACAGCACUGCAGUAAAUUUGUUUUCCCGGCUGUUAUUUUCAACAUUAUUCGUUGAAUGUAAUGGGCUUAACAAUGGUAAGGAAAAAAAUACAUAAGGGUACUUAUGUGACCCACAGUUUUACUUUAUGCUUUAGUACAUUUCAGUACAUGCAUCUUUAUUAGGGCAAAAAAUGUUAGAUGGAUAAGACUUUAUUGAUCCUGAAGGGAAAUUGAUUAUUUAUUUGCUGUUACAUUUGAAAAGACUACGACCUUUGGUAAUGUUGCCAGAAUUGCAAUACAUAUCAGCAAUUUUAUAUUUUAUAAUUUUAUAUUUUAUUUUCUCAGUGUACUGUACAUGCCCCACAUUGAGAACUAUGUAAGUUUUUUUUUUGUCUGCCACUGCUUUUUUAGGACCUUCUUCUGUUAGAAGGAGUUUUUGUAAGCCUUGGCAUCUUACAAAUAUUUUUUCGGAUUUACUGGAGUAUAAAAGUUUCUGCCAAAUUCUUGUUUCAUGAAUCUGUAGGUUUAACACAAAACAAGCUGAAUGUGCUCAAGUGUCAAAUCGUAACAUAUUUGUGUUUGUUGUUUCUUGGUCUUAUGGCUCGUUCAAUCGUGAAUCGUCAAAUGUUUUUUCUUCCCAUUUAAAAAUGUAAUUUUCAACUUGGUUGUAAACAAUACCCUUUCCCAGAUGUUAAAUACUAAAGACACUCUUCAAUACAAGAACAUAGAUAUUGAUUUUAUGUUUGAUUUACGCUUAAUUAAGUGUUAAAAUUAACACUACAAAAUACUGAUAUUUCUCCUAUCAAAUUGCUGUUUCAGAGCCCUGGUGAAUUCAUGUUUUUUUGUAGCUGCAUACUUGUGAAGAUCUUUCCUAUUUUUGCAUCCUUUGAAAUGUGCUUAUGCAGUUACUUUCACUACUGCUUUUCAGGGACCUUUCAGAGGGAAUUUCACAAUAAACCAUGUGAGCUUGUGUUGUUCAGAA